AGGGAGCGGCCGGGCCGGGCCGGCUCUGCGCGCGCCCCAUGGGCACCUCCGGCAAAGUUAUAAAAUGCAAGGCUGCCGUUGCCUGGGAAGUGGAUAAACCCCUCUCUAUCGAGGAGGUAGAGGUUGCACCUCCGAAAGCCCAUGAAGUUCGUGUUAAGAUAGUGGCCACAGGGAUCUGUCGAACAGAUGACCAUGUUCUGAAAGGUUCUUUUCCAAAUAUAGAUUACCCAGUUAUUCCUGGCCACGAAGGAGCUGGGAUUGUGGAGAGUAUUGGAGAAGGAGUGACAUGUGUGAAACCAGGAGAAAAAGUCAUCCCUCUGUGUCUUCCCCAAUGUGGGGAAUGCAGCUCCUGUUUGAAUCCUGACACCAACUGUUGCCUGAAGACACACCUCUAUGAAUCCCAGAACCUCAUGCCGGACAAGACCAGCAGAUUCACCUGCAAAGGGAAAGCAAUUCACCAUUUCCUGUGGAUCAGCACCUUCUCAGAAUACACAGUUAUGCCUGAUUCUGCCAUUGCAAGAAUUGAUGAUGAUGCUCCUCUGGAUAAAGUCUGUCUGUUUGGCUGUGGAUUUUCCACCGGUUAUGGUGCUGCCAUCAAUACUGCCAAGGUUAAACCUGGUUCAACUUGUGCCAUCUUCGGUUUGGGAGGAGUUGGCCUCUCUGUUGUUGUUGGCUGUAAAUCAGCUGGUGCUUCACGGAUCAUUGGGAUCGACAUCAACAAAGAUAAAUUUACCAAGGCUAGAGAGUUAGGAGCCACUGAGUGCAUCAACCCUCAGGACUUCAAGAAACCUAUUCAGGAGGUGCUGGUUGAGAUGACUGGCCAUGGUGUGGACUAUUCCUUUGAAGUCAUUGGCCACACAGAUACUAUGGUAGCUGCCCUGGCAUCCUGCCACAUGAACUCUGGCACCUGUGUGAUGGUUGGAGACCCUCCUUUAGGAUCACAGCUGUCCUUUGACCCUAUGCUGCUGUUUACUGGACGUACCUGGAAAGGGAGUAUUAUUGGAGGUUGGAAGACUAAGGAUUCUAUCCCCAAAUUAGUGUCUGGUUAUAUGGAGAAGAAAUUUAAUCCAGAUGUGCUAAUAACACACACUUUACCAUUUGAUAAAAUCAAUGAAGGAUUUGAAUUGUUACAGUCAGGAAAGAGUAUCCGCACUGUCCUGCUGUUUUAGGAUCGGCCUGGGAGUUGUCAACAGCGUGACACAUCUCAUCCAAAAUCUCCUCCCUGCAAUAUCUAUAUCGUGAAAUCAUAAAACAAAGUGUGGAAAGUCUUAGAUGAUUCUUUGCUACUAAUAGCUGAGAAAAAAGGGACCAAACAAAAGCUGGAGUCAUCUAGACAGAUUUUGAUUGAUAAGGAAGAAUCUCUCUAAGCACAGAAUUUGAAAUACAAACUGUUGUUUGGAGGUCUUUUAAAUAGAGGCAUUUAAGAAGGAAAUGAAUCUGCUUUCUACCAGGGUAUCCUACAAAGGAUCCUCCAUUGGUGAUUUCUUUAAAUCCUUAACUCUGUUGUCCCUUUCUGUGCUGAAUCCUCGCUGUUUAAUUAGUACAAUUAUAAGCAUAUGAAAUCUACAGUAUUUGACAUCUCAAACACCAGUAUGUUGUGAAAUACCUUGAUUCUCUUUUUUUCUUUUUAAUUGUUGUACUUCCUGAUUUUAUAUGAGGUGAGAGAGAAAUGUUUCUUUAGGUCUUUGUCUAGCAUCCAGUGAGGUGUUAAUUUUUACUCAGUUAUGGUCCUUUAACCAUUUUGAAAUAAAUAGUUUUGUGAAUAUCCAAGAGAAGAAAGUUAUUGGUGGUUUAAAAAAGAAAAGAAUCCAGGAACAGGUAACUCCAGUGCAGCAGUUCUCAAUCUGUGGGUCAGGACCCAAAGUGGGUCACAACUCCAUUUUCAUGGGGUCGCCAGGCCUGGU